CUGUCCGAUUAACUUUCUUUCACUUCAUUUCUGUCUACGCUUGUCACUGCUAUUGAACCCUUUGGACCACCCUGGACCGCCCACCUUCACGAUACCCAAAGCCGCGCCUUCCGUAGUUUGCGCGUGCGAGGUUCUCCUGCCCAGCCUUACGCGCGUUACCUACGGAUCUAACUUUGAAACCCUGCAACGUCAGGAGGACCUGGAUCCCCACUCGACCAGAGCCUUCUCCAUCCUAAUGUGCUUUGGCCGGUCUCCUGCACACUUCCACUUGUAAUAUCUCGAGCGAUCCCGUCCCGAAAGUACUCGCUCUUCACCACAAAACGCCCUCGUGAGAGCGCUGCCCCACGCCCUGCAGCACUAUGGCCUCCCCUUUCAACGUGACAGUUCCGGUGGACGAGCCCGAAUGGAACAGUGCGCCUGCCUGGAAGCUGCCAGGAUGGGCCGAACCGAUUAUUGUUGCGAGUAUUCUUUUCGGUGCCAUGGCCCUGACCAGGAGAAGAGGAUACCGAGUCUUUGACAAGUCGAAAUCGCGAUCCGUAUAUACUAGGCUCGAAGAUCCGGAUUCAAACCGGUCCUCAGACGAACUCCUUCCUUUCUACUCCGCCGAAGACUCUGAUCAAGACUUUCCAUCCACCUCUAAAUUCGCACCAAAGAAGCGCAACUGCUGCGGAACCAUCAUUCAUACCCCCAACACUUCGCGAUUCAAGAAUAAUAUCCACAGUCGAGUCCUACAACGAUUUCCUUUCCUCAUCGAAAUGUUCUAUUGGAUAAUUAACUACGCCUUCUACCGCAUGACUUCUAUUACUUCGCAAAGGAUCUUUGCAAAGACAGGGAUUUGGAACGUUGCCCAGACGCAUGGCAUUGCUGUGCUGGAGACGGAGCAGUUCAGUUGGAUUAGCUUCCUCUUCCCAGUCCCUGAACGAAGCGUCCAGCAAUGGUUCAUGCACGGGCAUCAGGAUUUCCUCACCGUCUUGAACAAAUGCUACGCCCUGAUCCAUAUUCCAGGAACCGUUGGCUUCAUUUGCUGGUACUACUAUGUUGCGCCAUCCCACAAGACUUUCGCUAUAGCGCGGCGAACUAUGACCCUCACCAACUUCUGCGCUUUUAUUACUUUCAUUUUAUACCCCUGCAUGCCACCACGACUCCUUCCCGUCGAAUACGGCUUUCUCGACACCGUGCGUCACGACGACGCGCAGAGUGUGUGGAUGAGCGGUAAAUACGUCAACACCCUCGCUGCGAUGCCUUCUAUGCACUUUGGCUACUCUUUCAUCAUCGGAUUGACCAUGAUCUACCACUCAGGCCUAUUCCGACGCACCCUCGAGGCUGGCGAGUGCCGCAAGUCUGCCUUCUGGAAGAUCUUCUACCUUGUCCUGGGCCUCGGAUACCCAUCUUUCAUCUUGACGACUAUCGUGGCUACAGCCAACCACUAUUACCUGGAUGCGAUGGUGGCGACGUGCUUCGUAUUCUUGAGCUUCGCGUGCAACAAGGUGUUUUUCGUCUUCAUUCCACUAGAGGACCUAAUGCUGUGGGCGAUCCGUGUGGAUAAGCCUGUGCCCACGACUGGCGACAGGUUUAGGGAGCGGGGCGGUCGCAUAUGAUGCCUCACCUUAUUUUUUCGUUGUACAGUAUCAUUUUUGAGCGUAGAAGUUGAGCUAGGCUCGUUAUUAGCAUUGGGUAUAAAGCCGGCACGGAGUUUGGCUCCAGAACAACAGCUCUCAAUAUUCUAUACUCGGUAUCUGUUUUGGAGUCUUUGGGUUGCUUUCUGAUAUAUAUCUUGACGAUGGAAGUCAUGAAAAUGAUUCUUGCUUCACUGACGGUACCAUAUCUGCCUUUGCGCCAUGUGUCGUGUGCUGUACGGAGAUCAUCGAAAUAAUCCAACACUUUGAUACUGCA